AUGAAGACAGCCAAUCACACAGGGGUGAGGGGGUUUGUUUUCCAAGGUUUCUCCAACUUCCGAGAACAUCAACUCAUACUGUUUGCCGUGUUUCUAACCCUGUACCUCUUAACUCUGGCCGGCAAUGUCAUCAUUGUGACUAUUAUCCGUGUUGACCACCACCUCCACACCCCCAUGUACUUCUUUCUAAGUGUUCUCUCCACAUCAGAGAUGUGCUAUUCCCUGGUCAUCAUCCCACGCAUGCUUUCCGGCCUCGUGGGUCUGAGCCAGUCCAUCUCCCUGGUGGGCUGUGGGACUCAGCUCUUUUUCUUCCUCGGCUUUGCCAUCACCAACUGCCUCCUGCUAGCAGUCAUGGGGUUUGAUCGCUACGUGGCCAUCUGCAACCCACUUCGUUACUCAAUCGUCAUGAGUUGGAGGGCCUGUACGAUUCUGGCGUCCUCGGUCUGUGCCUCGGGGUUCUUGCUCUCUCUGGUUCAGGCUGCGGCCAUUUUCCGACUGCCUUUCUGUAACUCACUGAUUGAGCACUUCUUCUGUGAUGUUCGACCUGUGUUGGAUUUAGCCUGUGUUACUCCAAUCGUUAAUGAUAUCUUGACCUUAACUAUAAGCCUCUUGGCCAUCACAGCCCCUGCCACUUUCCUCCUCAUCUCCUACGUCCUCAUCAUCUCCACCAUCCUCAAGAUUGCCUCAGCUGAGGGCAGGAAGAAAGCCUUUGCCACUUGCUCCUCCCACCUCACGGUGGUCAUUAUCCACUAUGGCUGUGCUUCUAUUGCCUACUUCAAGCCCAAGUCAGAGAACACCAAGGAUCAGGACCAGUUAAUCUCAGUGACCUACACUGUGAUAACACCAUUGCUGAACCCUGUUGUGUACAGUCUGAGAAACAAAGAAGUCCAGGAUGCUCUGAGGAGAGUGGUGGGGAGGAAAUCCCUUCCCUAA